UGGACUGCAUGUGGCAACUGCUAACUCUGACUGACUAACUCAGCGAUCUACUGGCCGAACUUCGCUGUGAGGAUCUCGAGAAUAUCUUUAUCCUCAUCCUUAUGACCGAGUUCUUGUAUAUUAUUUGUUAUAUACGCAGAUAGAGAGCAUACAUACCAAGAAAUAGUCGACAUUCCACCACACCUGCGAGCUCACCACCUCCUCCGCACAGCUGUGCGAAAACCACCACCGCCACCAACCCCCAUUACCUUCACCAUGCUCCGCAGGAUAGCUUCGACGCUCCCUCGCAAAGCCCCAGCAACACUCACCGGCGCCCUCUCACAACCCCGGACCCGCCUCCUCUCGUCCGCCGUCCCCAGGAUGGCAGCCCUCAAGCCCGCCAGCCCACCCAUAUCCGCACAGCUGCCCUCCGACGGCUUCCAGCUGCUGCCCGAGAGCGAGAAGGCCGGCGCGGCAGAGGACGCGCUGUACGACCAGCAGAUCAAGGAUGUCGAGGCGUGGUGGGCGACCCCGCGAUACGAUGGCAUCAAGAGGCCUUACACGGCUGCGGACAUCGUCUCGAAGCGCGGCAGCCAGCUGCAGUCAUACCCCAGCUCCGUCAUGGCGAGGAAGCUGUUCAACCUCAUCAAGGAGCGCGAGGCGGCAGGAGAGCCAAUUCACACAAUGGGAGCAAUUGACCCCGUCCAAAUGACCCAACAAGCACCCAACCAAGAAGUCCUCUACGUCUCCGGCUGGGCCUGCUCCGCCGUCCUCACCACCACCAACGAAGUCUCCCCAGACUUCGGCGACUACCCCUACAACACCGUCCCGAACCAAGUCCAGCGCCUCGCGAAAGCACAAUCCAUGCACGACAGGAAACAAUGGGACGCCCGCCGCAAGCUGACCUCCGAGCAGCGCGUCAAGACCCCCUACACCGAUUUCAUGCGCCCCAUCAUCGCAGACGGUGAUACCGGUCACGGCGGCCUCUCCACGGUCCUCAAGAUCGCCAAGCUCUUCGCCGAGAAUGGCGCCGCAGGUGUACACUUCGAGGACCAGCUCCACGGCGGCAAGAAGUGCGGCCACUUGGCCGGCAAGGUCCUCGUCCCCGUCGGCGAGCACAUCAACCGCCUCGUCGCCGCGCGCUUCCAGUGGGACGUCAUGGGCUCCGAGAACCUCGUCAUCGCGCGCACUGACUCCGAGAGCGGCAAGCUCAUCAGCAGCGCCAUCGACGUCCGCGACCACGAGUUCAUUCUCGGUGUCGCCGACCCAGCCAUCAAGUCCCUCGCCGAGACCCUCCAAGCCAUGGAGCAGUCCGGCGCCAAGGGCUCCGAAAUCGAUGCCUUCGAAGCCGACUGGGUCAAGAACACCAAGCUCGUCUCCUUCGACGAGGCCGCCGUCCAAGCCUUCCAGGCCCGCGGCGUGCCCCAAUCAGACAUCGACGCCUACCUCGCGCACACGGCCGCGAACCGCGACCUCUCUGUCACCAAGCGCAACGAGUACGCGCAGCGUUUCACCGACUCGCCCAUCUUCUUCUCGUGGGACGUGCCGCGCACACGCGAGGGCUACUACCACUACCGCGCCGGGAUGACGGCGGCGACCAAGCGCGCCAUCGAGUACGCGCCGUACGCCGAUCUGCUCUGGGUCGAGACGGGCGACCCGGUCGUCAAGGACGCGGCGCGGUUCGCGGGUGAGAUCCGCGACCGCCAUCCGGGCAAGGGACUCGUGUAUAACUUGUCGCCGUCGUUUAACUGGAGCGGGCACGGAUUCACGGAUGAGACGCUCAAGUCGUUUAUCUGGGACAUUGCGAAGCAUGGGUUUGUGCUGCAGCUGAUUUCGCUGGCGGGGAUCCACUCCACGGCUACGAUUACGACGGAGCUGUCGAGGAAAUUCAAGGAUGAGGGCAUGUUGGCUUAUGUCAACCUGAUUCAGCGCCCGGAGAAGGAGUUGGGAGUUGAUGUGCUGACGCACCAGAAGUGGAGCGGGGCGAGCUACAUCGACGGUAUCCUCGGCGCCAUCCAGAGCGGCAGCAGCAGCAGCAAGAGUAUGGGAGAGGGAAAUACUGAGGGGCAGUUUUAG